CACGGACGGGGUUUAUUGCAUUGUCUGGGGCUGUUUUGGUCGCUACAGAGGGGACGCGGUAGAAGAAGGAAAACAGCAUCGCAACAUCCGCGACAGCGCAACUUUAACACAUUAAAUAACUAUAUUUUUAUCACUAAAGACGCAAGAGAGAUAUGCCUUCCGACAGACCUUUCAAACAAAGAAGGACAUUUGCUGACCGUUGCAAGGAGGUGCAGCAAAUCCGAGAGCAGCACCCCAACAAAAUCCCGGUAAUCAUUGAAAGGUACAAGGGAGAAAAACAGCUACCAGUGCUGGACAAGACCAAAUUUUUGGUUCCUGAUCACGUCAACAUGAGUGAAUUGGUGAAGAUAAUCAGACGUCGACUCCAGCUUAACCCUACACAGGCCUUCUUCCUCCUGGUCAACCAGCACAGCAUGGUCAGUGUCUCCACGCCCAUCUCAGAGAUCUACGAGCAGGAGCGCGACGAGGACGGCUUCCUCUACAUGGUCUAUGCCUCGCAGGAGACCUUUGGUUGUUAAGGUGUGAGGAGGAGAAGGUGAGAGAGCUUGGGGCAUGUUACAUGCCUGCAGUAUUUUCUCCCUGGACCUCUUGGUUUGGCAUGACCUGGGCACCGGCCCCCCCCAGGGGUGUUAAGCAGGAAGAGGUGCGGCUUUUUCCUGUCUCUAGCGUGUAUACAGAAAUGCUCUGUGUGAAUCCUUCCCUCUGUCUGUCCUUCAUGUUGUGUGCACAUUUUUAACAAUCUGGUCUUAUAAGAGUUUCCUAAUGGGGGUAGGGUGGGUAUGGGGUCAUUUUAGUCCUCUCAGCUCCCUUAGAAGGAAGAAUGGCAACUGUCCCAGGGUGAUAUUGGCUGAGCUGUAUUCCUCUGCCUCUUUAAGCUCUGAUGCCUACUUGGACUCAUAUUACUGUUCACAAAUAGUAGUGCAAAUAGAAUGAACAAGUCAAGGAUCCUAUUGCUGGAGAUGUUUUGGGUAAAUCUGUGCAUUAUUUUUAAUUGUCUACCCUUUGCCAUUGGUUUUCUGCUGGAGGAAUUAAGAUCCUUCAGAUGGAGUAAGAUAAAAUUAAUUGAAAGUGGAGGCCUUGAUCCUUGACCUACCCCUCUGGUCUCUUCUAGUCUGGUGUAAUGAUCAUUCAUCUAGCAAAACCCUUAACGACAAGGCUUGGGAUGCCUGUUCUCUUACUGUAGCAUUGUUUUAUUACUUUUUUUUAUUGCUUUAAUUUAGGAACAAACAUGCUUCUUUGCACUCAGAAUAAACAGGAAUAUAAAGAAAGAAAUAUUAGGCAAUGGUAGUACUGUUUUAUGUGUAGUGUAUAUGUAUAUAUUUAUAUACAUGAUGAUACACACUUCUGUAUAAAUCUAUAUAUCUAUGUAUAUAUUAUAAUAUGGGCCUGCAACUAUAGAAAUAAUACACAUAAAUCUAUAGAUGUAUAAGUUAUCUAUAGAUGUGACUAUUGUACACAAUGAUUGAAUGAAAAGGUUUGUGGAAUAUUAUCUUGCAUGCUUUUUGUUUGCGGUUUACUGAUUUAUGCCAUUGAUUUAAAAAAUAAAUAAUAAUAAAAAAAAUGUUCAUUCCCCACCCCUGUAUUUUCCAAGCACAAAAAUGCCUGUGUGAUUUUGAAGGAUAAACCAUUUAUGUACUAGUACAUAACAAAAUAUCUUGUCUUUGUGAAGUUUGCAGAAAUGUCACCAGGUCAUUACAAGGAAAUGUAUAUACAACUACUGUUGUAACGUUUAUUUAAAGUAUUUGCCAAUAAAAGAAAAUACUGCA